AUGAAGUACCUACUGUUAGCAGUGGGUAUAUUUGCCCUAUCAAAUAUUUCCUUUGCUGAGGAGCUAUCAGAGACAGGGCUAGAAGUUCUCAAAAAACUCAGAGCCUUAAAGAAAGAAGAGAAGGCACUACUUGCUACCAUAGGCGAUGAUGAGGAGAGAGAUUUGGUAGAAGAGACGCUAGACAAAGAACAAGAGGCUGAAGAUAAUAAGAUCAUCAAGUCUCUUGAAAAAGAAAACAAGGCCGAGGAUGAACAAACCAAGGACGAGACACGUGUCAAGCGUGCUGCACGACGAGGACGAAGAGGUGGAGCACGUCGUAGACUUCGUCGCAAUAGAAACCGCGCCCGCAGAGCCCGCGGUCGCAACAAUCGGCGACGCGCACGCCGUAACCGUCGCGUAAAGAGAAUCCGAGCUCUGCAGAGACGCAGAGGAUAAACAAUUUCACUCUUAUUUAUGCUC